AUGGUUAUCGGAUUACUUGCCAUCACGGCUAUCCCGACCGUUACAGGCGUGGGUAACGCCGUGAGUGCACAGAAGAGACAGAAUGAGAGCAUGAGCAAGGAACAAGAAAAGUUCCACCUCACAUUCAUGCUACAGCAGAAUGGAAAGAUAGAAGAGGUUGGCCAAGGAGUUCUCGUGGACAAGAAGAUGUAUCUCAACCUCUCCGAUGCCCCCGUGCAAGGCUACAGAUUUCUAGGCUGGUAUUUCAAGUAUCCCAGCGAGGAAGGGCACCUGGGGCUGGUGAGCAUGGUAUCCGACGACCCCCCAGCGCUGAACUGGAUAUUCGUGGACAAGGACACGCACAUGGUGACCUUUGGGGGGAAGAAGGACACCAUCGGGCACGUCAUAGGACCCUGGGGCUGGACAGCAGAUGAGCGCUUCCUGACGCUCCAGGGAGAUCAUGAUUCCUUUGUGGCGGUGCGGGACGAGGAAGGGAAAUGGGCUGUAUAUUGGGACCCGGAGGGUGAUAUUGAGGAGGAGAUUGACGAUGAGGAGAGAUGUCAGCCAGUGAGACUGAGGAGAAGACCACAGCUCGGCAUGGAAAGCAGUUAUGUCAAGAAAUAG